UCUCUAAAAACAAGUUUGGACAAGCAACAAGUGGAUUUAAUUUUCAUAAACAAUGCUUGUUUAUAGGUAAAAAUCCGAGUUAGAGUGAUGUUUUGUGACAUAUUUUGUGACCUUAGCUGGUAAACCGGUACUGAGGUGCUAAAGAUCAGCGUAGUUAAUCCGAAUCGGAAGAAAUUAGUGCAAUUGGAGCACCUAAGAGGCACACGCCAACAAAUCAAAUCGAGAUCGAGACUUAAGUUGACACCCAUUCCGCGGCCAUGCAAAUCGAUGCAAUUGAGUUGAGCUGAAACCCGAGGCCUAAAUAUGCUGCUCAGCGAGACCCACUUCUGGACAACGCUGCGGGAUGAGGUGCGGAUCAAGAGCCAGGAUCUGGGGGCGUUUCGCUACCUUCGCCAACGGGACAAGGAUCAGGAGCAGCAGGACCUCACAUUCCUGGCCAAGCGGGACUAUACGGAACGCCGCAAUGGAUUGGCCGUGCUGAAAAACAGCAGUAGAAAGUCCGCUGGUCGACUCAAGGACAACCUCAAAAAGCUGGAGGAUUUGCUUCGCCAGCACAAGAUAAUCCAUUCCGAGUGGCAGGAUGCAGCGCAGGUCCUUCUUCUAUUCGCCCACGGUCUGAUCGCCCACAUCUGCGUGGACAUCUACACCGGGGACAUCCUGCGAAUGGUCUUCGAGAAAUACUUGGUUGGAAAACUAGCCUCCGAAGUCAUCACCGAUGCUUUUUUCACCCGUUCCCACAUCGUCUUGGCCUACAAUACCAACCAGCUGACGGUGGUUCAUCUGCAGCGGCCAAACGCGCGAUCCCAGGGACCGGAGAAGAUCGCCAACAUGGAUCCGCGGAUCUUCCACGUGAUCAUACCGGGCGCCACGGAGCGCAAGCUAUCCCGCCACCUCACAGUCAACAGCAGCUUCGACCUGUUCGUGGUCUGGACGCAGUCCUCGCAGAACGAGGUCUACCCAUGGAGGCCAACGAUCAGGGACCAGGAUAGAGCAAACAUUCAUGUGUUCAAGAUUAAAGGUUUGCAACUGGAAUCGAUCGCCUACUGCUGGUCGGAGAACGAUCCGCUGUGCGUUGACUUCCUGCGGAGCAGCGAGAGUCAGAUCAUCACCUUGGAACAGAAGGUUUCCCGCAAGGGCGACAUAAGCGCCGAGAUCUGCUCAUAUGAACUGGCUGCCGGCAAAAUGCAGCGCACCGCCAUUACCUCCAUUCCAAUGGGCGCCCAGAUCUGCUCCUUUGCCUUUAGUCCCGAUCAGGAGAAGCUCUUUCUGGGCAGCAUCGAUCGCAAUAUCUGUCUGCACGAUCUAGUUCAGCAGUCGACGAAGUACGCCAACCAGAUUGAGAUCGUGCCCAACCAGUGCGCCUGGCACUGCGAUUCCGCCAUGCUUUGCGUGGCCAACGAGCGAUCGGUACUGCAGUGCUUCGACCUGGCCCUGGCCACCAUUGGUCAUCAGCUGCUCAGUGAAUGUGUGACCCCAUCGAGCCUCUUGGACCUGUCCCACUACUUUGUGGCCCAGCCCACGUUGCUGAGCGUGGCUUUCAGUCGGAAGCCGGAUCUUUCCAGUUUCAAGCACACCUACGCCCAAACGGACUGUCUGUUGCUGCUGAUUUAUGAACAGGGACCACUCGCCUGCAUGCGCAUCUUUGGCGGCACGGGAAUGCGAGGGGACAUCCACAAUUCUGGACUUACUGCGGACGUUAUUGCGGACAAAUAUCUGCGAUUGCAGCAGCCGGAUAGAGCUGUGAAUGUCCUGGCCGCCCUCAACUGGGAGACUUACGGAGCCAUGUGUUUAAUCACGCUACACAAGAUAGCUAACUACGUGUUCUUUGGCGGAGACCAGCGACGACCGCGCAUCGAACUGAUGGCCAGGGCACUGAAGACAUUCGCAAGCACGCUUUCGGAGGAAACAAAGGAUGAGUUCAGCGAUCAGGUGUACGAUCUGAAGCGACGCUUUUGCUUUUAUCUUCUUCGUAAAAACCUCUUCGCCGAGGCCUUUGAAAUCGCCCAAGAUGUGGCCGACUAUGACAUCUUCAUGGACCUGUACAACUUAACCAAGUGCAUCUCCAGCCUCAGCGAAUUCGCCCAGGUGGCGUUCAGUCAGGCAGCUGCCAUAAUUCAUGAGGAAGAUCGUGCCAACGGCAACCUUAGCCUGACCUGCGACCUGCGAUCGGAGUCGGCUUGCUCGCUGUCCACCUGCUCGGAUGUAUUACGUGGCCAGGGAGCAGCAACAGGGCCACCCACGGGAUUAGGUCCGGGCCAGGCUCAGAAUCAGCAGGUCCUAAAGAACUAUGUGCCACCGCUGCCCUCGUUCAAGUCGAAGGUGUUCAAUGCCGAGAUGAUCAAGAUCAACAUACCCAAACCGGAACUGAGGCCUCCCCUUCCAAAGGUUUCGUUAGCACCUCCAACGAGCACACUGGCGAGUCUGUCCCUAAAAAUUAAUAGUACGCCACAGACCCCCAUAAAGAGCUUAAGCUCGAAUGGAAAUGUAUGGUCACAGGAUGUUCCCGAUCAAACAGUUGGUCUGCCAAUGGCCAACAGUCCGCUUCCUCGUCUUCCGCCCCAAAACAUUCCGGAUCAAAGCCCUCAAAUUGGCCAUCAUAACACAAGUCAAGUGUCGCCUCCACCGGCAGUCGCAUAUCAGCCCAAGUUUUACCAGCAUCCGCUUGUCUCUGGGAAUAUACCCGCCAUGUUGCCCUCAGUGACCAGCGAGGAUUACCAGAAGCGGUUGCUGCUCAAAAAACCCACUGCUUCCAUACUGUCCAAUCCGGCCAAUCCAACUCCGACGAAUGGAGAGGCAGCCACGCCGACAGCCAAGUCACAAACGGCCGAGAAGAACAAAGUCAAAUUCUCCGAUACAAUUCAAGUAGCUGUGGUGCCUGAGAUUCCUCGCAAGGAGAAGCCAAUGCCACCGAAGAGAAAUGGUUACUCCAGACCAGCAGCACGGCAUCUGACCAAUCCUAAGAAAGAACUAGCCGACAGCCUGCCGCUUUGUCAUCCAAAUGACGAGUAUCUGAAGGAUUUCAAUCCCAUAACCACCAAUGUCACCAAGCCACCAAUUCGACGUCGCGACGAGGAAUCGAAGCAGAGCAGCAGCAAGAGCGCCAAUUCGUCCUCCUCUUCGUCAAUCAAAGUGGUCCACUUCGGUGUGGUCUAAUAAUUUAUAGUGCAAUUCCUUACUAAUCACUAUUUCGGUUUAUUGCCGCGUCUUCCAUUCGUUUGUAACUAUUGCCGUCCCAGUUAGUGCAAAGCUUUAAAUAGGAAAGUUUUUAUUUAUAGGUUCUCUAUACACUUUACACAGGUUACUCAUUAAAGCUUAGCAUUAAAUGUUUGCCAAAUCGGA